AGCAGCGAGGGAAAAGGAAACAAAUGACGCUUCAGUACAGAUGCUUUUGUGUGAUUCUUUAUGAAUAAAAUGAGAGUAGCUACAUAUAGGUGCUGCAGUCUCACUGAGCCAGACUGGGGGUUUCCAGAUGUUUUCUGCAGAACAACAAGUCUGAACCUAACGGAGAUGUCCCGACUGACCCUGCUGACGCUGGUAGUCUUGCUCUGCUCGUCGUCCCCGGUGAAUGGAGGAAAAGUCUUGGUGUUCCCAGUGGAUGGAAGCCACUGGAUCAACAUGAACGUCAUCAUUGAAGAGCUUCACGCCAGAGGCCAUGAAGUCACUGUGCUGCGUCCUUCAGACUCCUGGUACAUCAAGUCAGAUUCCCCUCACUACAGGGCCAUUAAUAUAAAUUCGUCAGCUGGAUUCGACAGGCAGAACUUUGGGUCAUAUGUCACGAAAACAAUAAAUAUGAGGCGUCACGGUUCUUCACUUUGGUCUCGCCUUUCCCUGGAAUAUGAUCUACUGCAAACCUUUUAUCAAAUGGGAAAGCAAGUGCUUCAAAUGGUAGAGGACAUUUUUGAGGAUGAAGUACUGAUGCAGAUCCUCAAUGACGCCAAAUAUGAUUUGGUUCUUACUGAUCCUGCAAUUGGUGGAGGUGUGCUUUUAGGUCACCGUUUGGGUCUUCCACUGGUCUUUAAUGUCAGAUGGACGAUUCAGGGUGAGGGGCAUCAUGCUAUUGCACCUUCCCCUCUCUCCUAUAUCCCCAUACCAGGAACAGAGUUGACUGAUAAAAUGACGUUUAUGCAGAGGGUUAAGAACUUCCUGUACUACAUCUUUACGUGUUUCCAGAUUUGGUACGUUGCGGAACCUCUCUACCCACCCUUUGUCCAUCGUCACUUUGGCAAAGACGUACAUUACAUGGAGCUGUUUCAGGCGGCCGACAUUUGGCUGAUGAGAAAUGACUUCACCUUUGAGUUUCCACGACCAACAAUGCCAAACAUCGUCUACAUGUCAGGAUUCCAGUGCAAACCCUCCAAACCUCUCCCCAAAGAACUGGAGGACUUUGUGCAGAGCUCAGGGGAACAUGGUGUCAUUGUGAUGACACUGGGGACGCUGGUGGAACAACUUCCUGAGGACCUGGCUGAGGACAUUGCUGCUGCUUUUGCUGAGCUUCCUCAGAAGGUGAUCUGGAGGCACAAAGGAAAGAAACCAUCCACCCUUGGCAACAAUACCUUGAUCUUGGACUGGUUGCCCCAAAAGGACCUCCUGGGUCACCCCAAAACCAAAGUGUUUGUGGCUCAUGGAGGCACCAAUGGAAUGCAAGAAGCCAUUUAUCAUGGUGUCCCCCUGGUCGGCUUGCCCCUCAUGUUUGAUCAGCAAGACAACUUCUUCAGGAUGGCAUCAAGAGGGGUGGCCAAAGUCGUUGACAUCGUAAAAGUAAACAAAGAAAUCUUCCUGGAGGCUCUGAAGGAAGUUCUCUAUGAACCUUCCUACAGAGAGAAGAUGAAGGAGCUGUCCAGUCUCCACAGAGAUCAGCCCAUGAAGCCUCUGGAUCGAGCCAUGUUCUGGAUCGAGUUUGUCAUGAGACACAAAGGAGCGGCCCAUUUGAGAACAGAGUCCUACAAGAUGUCCACCAUCCAGUACCAUUCCAUCGAUGUUUUGGGGUUCCUGCUGGCAAUUGUUCUGUUGCUCUUUGCUGUUUUUAUUUCUGUGUUCAAAUGUUUCUGGAGGAGAGUAUUUCACAGAGGUAAAGCCAAAAAGGAAUGACAAAAUAGUGGCACAUAAUCAAUAAAAAGCUGAAUUUGCUUUGGGUUUGAAUACUGGAGUUGUCUAAUUCUGCAUCUGUGAUGUCUUUUAGGUUCUCCAAGAAGAAGUUCUGGUUUAACUAAUCUCAGCUAAAUCCUCAUUUUAGAACGGUCUGAGAAAAAGUUAUAUUUCAACUCUUAUAAUUUAUCAACUUUUCAUUUGUGACUGAAAGGAAUGAUUGUUCAACCAGAAGUAUUUUACUUUACAGUCUAAGCAGAAUGUGCUUUUGAAACUUUAAUAUUUAGUUAGAAUUUUUAACAGGCUGGAAAAACAAAUAGUCACAGUUUUUUACAACAGUGAUCUGUUUUGUAAGCUCAUGUCAUCUAUUCAUUGUAAUUUAGCUGAUAUGUUGUUGAUAUACCAAUAAGUUUUAUCCCUAAGUGAAAAAUGACAAUUUAAGAGGAAUAAUAAAAGUUUUUUUUAAUAAAUACUUGAAAAAUGGUGCUGCAAUAAUAACUGAUUGGUCUUUUAGAGGACAAACUGCUUAAUGUGAAAAUAAGCCUGAAAUGCAUUUCUUAUCAUUUUACUCAUGAAAUGUUCUUGUGUAUGAAUCACUGAAGGAUAUGUCUGAUUCAAUAAAGUUCAACAGAAAAUA